ACGAUUCCAAGCAACAAACUGUAAGGUCAUCACAUCUCGUGCGACGUGCAGCUGCCAAAGCUUUCGUUUCAGACACGACCCAGGGACCCACAAAACGACGAAAUGCAGUAUACACCGGUUUCGCCGUGUCUACAGUCAAAUAUGAAACCAUUUGCGUGGAACUCAUUCGACGCAACGAGUCGCGCAACCCAAUGUCGUCGUGUAAACUAGGCUACUUUAUAUACGUAGAGAUUUGCGCAGCGAUAUCGUUGUGCAUUAGUCUAGUCAGCGACUUCAACUGUUGAUUGUACUGUUAUAACUUUGUUCACCUGUUAAAGGUUACCAAAGAUGUGUGUUAAGUAAUGUUUAUAGUAAUUGUUUACAAGCACGGUAAUUAAUAUUUGAACGCCUGUUGUAGUAGCUACCAUGGGAAAACAUAAAGACAGAAAAGAUGAGAAGAGAAAAGAGAAGCAUUCUUCAGACUAUGAUCGAGAUAGGCAUAGUCAUCGCAAACACAAGAAAAAGAAAUAUAGUUCCAACUCAGACUCAGAAAGUGAUGACAUUGAGAAACAACGGCUAAAAGAUAUACGUGAAAGAGACGAAUUUGCAGAACGUCUUAAGAAGAGAGACCAAGAGAAAACGCGCAAUGUAGUACAUAACACUGCAGCUGAAAAGCGGGCUUAUGAGGAGGCUGUGAAACGUUUAAAAAUGGAAGCAGAAGACAAAGAGAGACUGAUUCCCAAGCUGCGAGUGGAGUCAAGACGAAAAUACUUAGAAAAACGAAAAGAAGACAAAGUAGCAGAGCUGGAAGCAGACAUAAUUGAUGAUGAAUACCUUUUCCAGGAAGAAGAGCUUACCGAAAGAGAAAGAAAGGAGAGAGAUCAUAAGAAAAAAUUGCUUCAGCUUGCUAAAGAACAUGAGAGAGCCAGAGAACUGGAAAAAGUUCAACGAUAUCACAUGCCUGAGGACGCUCGAAAGGAUAAAACCCAUGAGAAAUAUGAAGAAAUCGAUGAGAGAGAAAAAGUCCCCCAUUAUGAGCAGCGAAAGUGGGAGGAGGAGCAGAUGUCAUCUGCAGUUUUUAAAUUUGGAGCUAGAGAUGCUAAAGAAAGAAAAUAUAAAGAAGAACUGAAAGAAUAUGAUUUAGUUUUAGAUGAUCAGAUUGAAUUUAUUCAGGCACUUCAAAUGCCUGGUGACAGACAGGAUGAUAAACCAAAGAUCACAGAAGCAGAAAGGAAAAGAUUAACCAUUAAGGAGACAAAAGAAAGUUUACCAGUAUAUACUUACAGGGAACAGCUACUACAAGCAGUGAAGGACCACCAGAUUCUGAUCAUACAAGGAGAAACUGGCUCUGGGAAAACCACUCAGAUACCUCAGUACUUGCAUGAAGCUGGCUACACAGCAGACAAAAAGAAGAUUGGUUGCACUCAGCCAAGAAGAGUGGCAGCAAUGAGUGUAGCAGCAAGAGUAGCUGAAGAAAUGGGAGUGAAGUUGGGAAAUGAGGUUGGAUAUAGUAUCAGAUUUGAAGAUUGUACUUCAGAACGAACAAUUAUCAAGUACAUGACAGAUGGAACUCUGCACAGAGAAUUCUUGUCUGAACCUGAUCUUUUAAGUUACAGUGUAAUGAUUAUCGAUGAAGCUCAUGAGCGCACACUACACACAGAUAUAUUGUUCGGACUUGUAAAGGAUAUAGCAAGAUUUAGAUCAGACCUAAAACUGCUUAUCUCUAGUGCUACACUGGAUGCACAAAAGUUUUCUGAAUUUUUUGAUGACGCUCCCAUAUUUAAAAUACCAGGAAGGCGAUUUCCAGUGGACAUAUACUAUACGAAAGCUCCAGAGGCAGACUAUAUAGAUGCAUGUGUUGUAUCGAUACUGCAGAUACAUGCUACACAACCACUUGGAGAUAUCUUGGUUUUUUUAACAGGGCAAGAUGAAAUUGAAACUUGUCAGGAACUGCUUCAAGAGAGAACAAGGAGGCUAGGUUCCAAAAUAAAGGAACUGAUUAUAUUACCUGUAUAUGCUAAUCUGCCUAGUGAUAUGCAGGCAAAAAUAUUUCAACCGACACCACCAGGUGCUCGCAAGGUUGUGUUAGCAACAAACAUUGCAGAAACUUCUCUAACUAUUGACAAUAUUAUUUAUGUUAUUGAUCCUGGAUUUUGUAAGCAAAACAAUUUUAAUUCAAGAACUGGGAUGGAAUCAUUGAUCAUUGUCCCAAUAUCAAAGGCAUCAGCUAAUCAACGUGCAGGCCGUGCUGGCCGUGUGGCAGCUGGCAAGUGUUUCCGACUAUAUACAGCAUGGGCAUACAAACAUGAGCUGGAAGACAAUACAAUCCCUGAGAUACAAAGGAUCAACCUGGGGAAUGCAGUCCUGACUCUGAAGGCUUUAGGCAUUAAUGACCUGUUGCAUUUUGAUUUCCUUGAUCCACCACCUCAUGAGACUUUGGUGUUGGCAUUGGAGCAGCUCUAUGCAUUGGGAGCUUUAAAUCAUCAUGGGGAACUUACAAAACUUGGGCGAAGAAUGGCAGAAUUUCCAGUUGAUCCUAUGAUGGCCAAAAUGAUUCUCGCUUCAGAAAAGUACAAAUGCUCAGAAGAGAUACUAACAAUUGCUGCAAUGCUCUCUGUGAAUAGCGCAAUCUUUUAUCGGCCAAAGGACAAAAUUAUUCAUGCAGACACAGCAAGAAAGAACUUUUUUGUACCUGGUGGAGACCACUUGACAUUACUGAACAUUUACAGCCAGUGGGCUGAUACAGAGUUCUCAACACAGUGGUGUUAUGAAAAUUUUAUUCAACAUCGGUCAUUGCGACGUGCACGAGACGUCAGGGAACAGUUGGCUGGCCUCAUGCAGCGCGUUGAAAUUGAACUCGUUUCAAACCCACAAGAAACUGUGAACAUACGUAAAGCAAUUACAGCUGGAUAUUUCUAUCACAUUGCACGGCUUUCAAAAGGUGGUCAAUACAAAACUGUUAAGCAUCAGCAAACAGUUAUGAUUCAUCCAAACAGUGCCUUAUUUGAAGACCUGCCUCGCUGGGUGCUUUACCAUGAAUUGGUGUUCACUACUAAAGAAUUUAUGAGACAGGUUACUGAAAUUGAAAGUAAAUGGUUAUUGGAAGUAGCUCCACACUAUUACAAACCACGUGAAUUGGAAGACUCUACUAACAAAAAAAUGCCAAAACAGAUUGGCAAAUCGAGAGCAGAACUGGGAGACCAUUGAAGAUAUAUCAUCACUUAUGUUGCACAUUGUAACUAAUAAUUGUAUUCCAUUGAACUUCUGUUUUGUAUUUGCAUUGAUGUCUUUAGGAUAUAUUUGGAAAAAAAGGAAGAGUACAAAUUAUACUUUUGAAUACUACAUAAUUUAUAGGAAAAUAAAUGUUGUCUGUAUUUUUACAA